CUACUGCUAUUGUCGUGCCUAUGGCCCUUCCCCGUUGCGUUCAGGUAAACUGGUAAAGUCGUAAGGUCUGAAGCUUGAACUUCCGCCGAUUACGACCAGCUCCAGAGACCGCCCUCCCGGCUUCCCUUCCAGUGGGGUAGCUGAGGUCUAUAGUUGACCACCGAUAAGACCACCACCCUCUCUCAUUUUUGAGACCAUCUGAGAUUCGCACGAAAUGAUUCGGCGAAACGGCAUGCCAUCGCCAGUGAGUGAACGCAAUCGCGAAUUGCUAAGCUUUCAUAGGCAACACAGACUAUUGUGGUACUUAGUCAUUGCUACUGGUGCAGUUGGAACAUUUGUUACAGGCGACUAUAGUGAAACGGUUUAGUGACGAAGAAGAUCCUUGCUGGUAGAAAGUGAAUUAAUUUGUAACGACAUAUCUUGUUGUACCAAUUCGAAGACGACAAAUCUUCGUGAUUCUCUUUGGGUGAAUACUUAAACAUCUUGUGAACGGCUGAUUGUUCGUCUUAGAGCUGCUAUUACCAAAGGUGAACAGCGUACGACGAAAGAAUCGGGCGAUCCUUCUACUAAAUGUCAAAAAAAGAAAAGAACUCAAAGAAUGGAGCCAAGGAAGGCAAAUCAAAAGCAACCUCCCGAAAGAAAGGGAACCAAUCGAAUACGGAUCUCGCGGCCAUGGCACAGCAACACCGGCAAAUCUGGAGUAAUGAAUGGAAGCGCCUAAAAGAUCAGGAAGAGUCGGUAAAGAAUGACGUGGUUGACAAGCUUCGUUACCUGUCAUGCCAAAGUCUGGACGAUGCCGCCGGACGGUGUCUCGAGACCUGGAUUGACUUGGAGCUUGACGCCACCAAAUUCUAUGAUAGCGCAUCUUCAAGCAUACAGUUUUUUAAGCGACUGGUGCAGCGAUGUCGUGAUGAAGGCAUCAGUCCAGAACUGGAAGCUGAAAUUGAAGCUGCUUCUUUUGAACUUAAUCAACUAACUGAGAAGUUAGCUCAAGACCGGAUAGACGCGGAGUACGAGGUCAUGCAGGCGUUUGACAUCCCGAUGUUAACAAGUGUACGGUUCACAUUCGCGCGAAACGUUGAUGAAGAGUUUCUGGCGGCCCACAAAGAGGACUCAAAAAUACGGCGGCAUCAACUCGGAGAACUCAAACAACUUGAUCAGGAUUUUGAAAAAAAGCUACGCGAAAUUGACAAGGCCCACAAAACCGAGGAGGAGCCAGCAGAUUGGACAACCGAUGACUACCAAGUAGUUCAACACGUACUGGAACAGUAUCCGAAAAGUCUCCCAAAUCGCCGUGCCCUUAUCAUGGACAUACUCAGAAGAAGAUUUCCGCACCGCUCUAUCCUCGACGUUUCGACGUACAUGGCAUGGUGCCAAAACCAAGUGUUCUACCGGAGUAAGGUCAACUCCACCGUACAGGAUUGGGAGCGCGCGCGCAUCCAGUGGCUGAGGGAGGCGGGAAAAGCCAUGAAAGACGAACAGAUGGAGCGUCAAGCCAGAAGACAGCCAACGAAUCGGAAGCUAUCUCUCGAGCGAGCAGCAAAAGUACCACGACAGAGGACCAAGUCAGAGCCCCCGCCGGUCGGCCAAUGGAAGAAAGAAUUUGCCGACGGAGGUAAAAAAAAAGCGGGAUCGCUCAAAAAGAUUAAGGCGGCUUCGGGAGACAAAAGUAAAACAGGAACUAAAGGGACCAAAGCAUCAAAGUAUAAACCUCGGUCGAGAUCCAGUUCCAAACAACCAAAUAAGACGGCUAAAGAAAAAUCCGAUCUAUCCAAGGACCAAACACAACGACACGCCUUGAAGGAGGCCAACCUUUCUGUGGGCCGCUCAUCGCGCGGAGUUUGCUUGCUCGAUACCUCGUUCUCGGCGUUGCUUAACGAUGCAUCGAAGACCCUAGCACGUCAGAGGGACAAGGGCCCCAGACUUUAGGAGAUCUCUGGCCAGGUCAUCAGCAGAGGGUUAACAAGAAAAGAAACGCAUCCCCCCCCCCUGCGGGAUUCACUGGAAAACGAUAGUACUUAGUAUAUCAUAAUUAGAACGAUAGUUAUUGGUGUAAUACUAAGUGACAAUAUAACUAUCUAAAGGCAGUAUGAACCUUACUAAGUUGUUGUUGUUGAUCCCAGCAAUGUACAAUUUGUCGGCAGUUAUCACCAUAUUAUAAAAAUGCCCCGCAUGCUGAUUAAACACUUGGAAAAGUCUGCUAUAAUAAUCGGUGUCUCAAUCGUGUCGCCGUGCCUCACUAUACCAAACACAGACAUAAAACCAUUGACAGAAGCUUACUUUGGAAAAAUAAGCGGACUAGAAAGCCCGCAAAAAUGCUCAUGUGUAUCAAACACGAAAUUUGCUACUUAUUAUUUUUGACCGGGAAGAGGCUCUAAGUGAAUACUAAACAUAAAAACUUUUAAUCCCGCCCGGGGCUGAACUUCUUCCGAUCCGAAGUUUUGAUCCCAUUCUGGAAUUUCAGCCAAUGCGAAGAACUUAGAUGCGAACGGAACAAGAGAAACUACCUAAGCGUUAGUCAAAUUAGUGGAAGUCUGCUGUUGACAAAUGGAACAAAGCCCCAGUUACGUAAAAUCAGCUGAAUAACACAGUAGCAAACAAUUAUAUUCAUUAACAACGUCAACCAAAUAUUUCGCACAUUCGCAUACAGCAUUGUGUUACUUCUAUAGACAUUAACAAGUCCAGGAUGUAAUAAACAACUAUAUGUUUAUGCUAUAAUAAACUGUGUUAAUCGAAAUGUGGAUGCGUUUUUUAUUAACUUAUCAUUCCUUAAAUAUUUAUUUUCAGUACGCAGCGACCCGAGUAAUAAAAAUGUAAAUUGCGUACGAAGAGAAUAACUGUCAUGAAUCAUGUAAAACCUCCUCUAUAUUUCUGCUCUGGUGAACGAUGUUUAAUUUUUUCACUGCAUUCUCUCGAACUUAAAGCUGCCAAGUUUAUUCUUCCGGAAAAUAUCGUUACUAUAAGAUAUAUGUGUAUGCCUAUACAGACGAAAAAUAAGCUUCAGCAAAAAAAAACAACUAGAUUCCGAAUCAGAACUCUUGUACUUCUGUGGUAUUCAAUUUGAUUCAUUUAAUGAAAUUAUGAUUCGCCUAAUAUUUUAGGUUUAGGUAUUUUGUUUAAGUAGGUUAGGCAUGAACUUGUACCAAGGGUUCUUUUAAGAACAGUAUCUUCAUGUAAACUAAAUAAUUUAGUACCACAAGGGUUACUGGUCUAUUGAAGUUACCUCAAGGUGGUUCUGGUCCUUACGGAUAAAGAUGGAUGACUGGGUUUUAAUAAACUCAGGUAGUCUUACAUUCUGCGAGUAUGUUCGAGGUAAUGUGGCCAUAAGACUUGCGCGGGUUUCGUCACAAAUGCGAAGCUGUAGUAGUGUACUAUGUUUAAUACUAGUGUAAAGGAGUUAGAUUUAUGAAAUGAUGUUCAUCGAAAUCUCAUCGAAAAGUAUAGGUAAUCGUAGAAGUUAGAAGUACUGUCCUUUUCAACGACUUGUAGUUACCUUAUCUAGCAAUGCCAAUUGUUGAAAGACUGACAAAAGUUCCAUCACACUAAAUAAUCUCAAAUAAGACACUGUCGUUUCUUGAUGUCCCAAAUGUGGGUUAAGGUUAUAAUAAACUAAGGCACAAAUUUUAUAUUAAUAUAAUCAUAUCAACCAAAUAGUAGUAGCCUUUAAAAAUUAAAAUUUUAUGGGCCUCCCCUAAAGUGGCGACGAAAAGCUUUUUAAAAGGUUUCAUAUAGUUAUUAUAAAACAAGGUUUCUGAAAGAAGCUAUGUCAAAACAAAAUUAUUUUUUCACGAAAUCCAAAUCCUACUUUUUGUUUAGUUCUGUUCUUUUUCAGUGUUUAAUUUUCCAAAAUCUACUAGAGAAUAAAAAUUAGGACGCUUUACUUUGAUCUCAACUACGGUGCAUAUAAUUUAUUUCUAGGUACCUAGAAAACAAAGAAAGCUAGGAUUUUGAGCAAUAUAGCAUUUGCUAUCAGUUUUCCAAGGAUAUGUAACACUUGAAUGUUCAUGACGUUUCCGAUGACCCGCGGGAUGGCGUCGUAAUUCGAAUCAAAGAAAACGAUAACAGGAAAAGCAAGACGGAAAUCCGAAAAAAUUACAAGUAUUGUAACACAUUCAGCGCAAGCAUUAUACACCAUCAUAAAUUAUUGUUUCACAUAAAAGUUACACGGAAGUUCUCUGUAUCAGUUAUGAAUUCCAAUAAACUUACGAUUCGACAAUUUCCCGGCUAACCCGCCUAGGAUCAAAAAUGCCCCGGUCCUUUUUUUGUGCGAGUUGAUUCAAAUCGUUUCGCUGUGUUUCAAGAAUUGUCAAUAAACUCCGAGGUGGCAUUCAGGCUGGCUAUUGAAAAACAGCAGCUUUCACCACUUUGACCAACACGAUUUUGGCGCUGUCAGAAUGCCCACGGCGGUUCCGCAUGGCGCUAGG